AUGUCGACAUCAUCCUCACCUACUCCUCGGACGUUUACCGAGGCUUGGCUUCCUGGGCACGACGGUACCAAGUUCUACACCCGCACCUAUCCGGCACCUUCUCCGCGCGCAGUACUCCUCUUCGUACACGGCUUCGCGGAACAUCUCGGGCGGUACGAGUGGGCGCACGGAGAAUACGCCUCCCAAGGCAUCACGGUCUUCACAUACGAUCAGCGAGGCUUCGGCCGGACCGCUUUGGAUCACCCGAACAAGAGCAAACAUAGCGCGUACGGCAAAACAAGCUGGCCCGACCAGCUGAGCGAUAUCGAGUUCUGGGUCAAGCACCUGAAGUCGGAGUACUCCGAGCUGCCUUUGUUUUUGAAGGGACAUUCAAUGGGAGGAGGACUCGCACUUGCAUUCGCGACCCGGACAACCCCGUCCCCAGCGCCGGAAACAUUAGCAUCACUCUCCGGAAUCAUAUCCUCGAGCCCUCUGCUCCUGCAAAGCCAGCCCGUCCCGAAGUUGAUGCGCUAUGUCGGCGGGAAAGCAAGCCUGCUCUUCCCCAACCUCCUAUUUGAUGCGCCCGUACCGAUCCAGGAUUUGUCUCACAAUACUGCCGCGAACGAAGCGAAUUCGACAGACCCUUGGAUUGUGCAGAAAGGAUCACUACGAGGGCUUCGCGAUAUGCUCAGCGGGGGCGAGCAGCUGCUCUGGAAUGACCAUAAGCAUUGGCCGCAGAGCCUCCCGCUCCUCAUUGUACACGGAACUGCCGACCGAGUCACAUCAUUUAAAGCGUCGGAGGAGUUUUAUCACAAAGUGGACGCAGCGGACAAGGAGUUCAAGCCGUUUGAGGAUGGCUUCCAUGAACUCGUCCAUGAACCCGACGGCGUCAAAGAGAGAUUCGUCGACGAGUGUGUGUCGUGGCUAUUGAAGCACAUCGAAGAGCAGGACGAUACUCCCCCACCAGUUACCAACUCUUCGAAGCUGUGA